UUUCAAAGAGAAAAAAAUAAAAUUAUAGCAUGUCUUCUAAAGAGGCAGGCAAACCUACUAAACCUAAACUCGAUGAAAGUUUAACAGGCAAACAAAAAAGAAGAGGUAGAUCAAUCUAUAAAUAUGAAUACAAAAAAAAGAGUGUCCAUUUGACAUUGUGUCUGACAUUUCUUUAACAAUGAAGAACGAAACAAGCUUGCUCGUCAAAUCGGUACUCAUAACAAGACAGAUAACUCACUAACUGACAAUAUACCUAAAAUCAGUGGACCUAUUUAUGCUGAUAGACAUGCUCUUGCACGCAUUAUGGAAAUCAAUGCCAUGCAGUCCAAUAUCAAGAAGUCUAGUUUUGCAUUGAACGAACUUGCAUUUCAGUCACUUCCUCGCGGUCUUCGUCGUCGUGCUGCCAGCCACAAUUUAAACAGGCUUCCUGCGCGUUUAAGAGCAAAAGCUGCACGCGAAGCACAUAGUUCUGCACCAGGUACCCCACUUAUUCGUAAAAAAGUCAAGAAGAUCAAACCACCUGGAAACAUUGUCCAAGAAUUCCUUCGUCGUCAAAAAUCGAAAAAAUGGUUGGAAACUCACAUGUGGCAUACAAAACGAAUGAAAAUGACAGAUAUUUGGGGUCACCGUAUCGCUGCACGACCCAACACCAAAUCCGUACGUGUCACUUACCGAUCUUUUACUCGAUUGUCGAUUGUACAUGAUGCGUCUUAUAUGGCUUGUAUCGAACUUGCAGGCCAUGUAGACAGUAUCGCCACUGUCUUGAAUACCCUGACUGAUGCAGGCUUACCUUCCGUCACCAGCGAGCGUUACAUCAAGGGCAACCGUAUGGGCACCACUCACUUGUACGAAUACAUGGCAUACCCCACACGUCUCAUAUGCCCCAUCUCGUUCCUAUGGAAACCACAAACAAAAGACACCCUCUGGUUAUGGAUCCAUCCUGCUGCGAUUAAUGAAGCCCUGUGUUUUAUCAAAAAGGCAAUCGAGGAAACAAAAAUGGAAGUUCAAUUAAACGAUUUACGAGAGGAACUCUUAAGAUUUGAAUUGACAGGGCCUCGAUCCACAUCUCUAUUACAAUCCAUUUUGGAUCCUGUUGCAAACAAAGAUUCCAAGGGAAAUCAGACAUGGAAGGAUUUACACCAGCUUCGUUCAUCGUGUUCAUUAUCCCCUGGAUCUGUCCUUGGUCUUGUAGUCAACGAUCCUCGAUUAAGAUUCCCUCAAAAAGUACCACCUCGUAAUAACCAAAUCUCCAUCGAGGAGCAACAAACGAUCCAAAAAAUAUUAGAGCACUGGCCUAGCAAUGUAGCAGAGACUUCAAUCUGGGAUAAAUCAGAACGCGAUACACUUUGUGAGAAAAAGGCUUCCGAAUACGCCCUCAACUUGCGUCGACAAGAAAAUCUCGUCCCUGGCACCAAAUUACAACCCAACCCAACCGAUGCUCAGAUCCCUAUUUUAUUAAUCCAACGCGGUGGGCCUGCCUACAACAAAGCCGGAAUCACCCAGAAACCACUUUCAUCGCAUGAAUUAGUAGAAGGUUGGACUCUGAUCUUACCGCGUGGCUGGGGUUUGCCCUUCUGGAAAUCAUUGGUAUUUGCAGGUGCUCGCGUAGCCGGAUUUGAGGACGUACGUGCCAUGCACUUUGAAAGUGGGUUCCCUUGUUUUCCUCAAGAUUAUCCUGGCACACGUGCAUUUGAAGUGCAUCGUCAACUCAUGAAAAAAGAGGCAGAAAAGGUAUGGGAGAAGAGACCUCCUGCCAAACGUGUGAAUUUUGGAAAGAGAGGUAUCGAACAUCCAUUUGAGUGUGCCUUUGAAAGUUUGGCCACCGUCGAACAUAUGGAAAUUGACAAUGCACAUAAUUUACCCCCUCGACCUACAUGCACUUUAAUCCAAGGUGAGAGGUUGGUUCGUGACAUUUUGACGGAUGCUUUUGAGACAACAUUAGAGACAUUGACGCGUCAACGCGGACUGGAAGGAGAGAAACAAACACCUCAGUUAGACGAUGCGUUGAUAAAGAUUCGUGUCAAGUACAUAGACCGUGGUAAACCUGCGCCAUAUGCCAUGGUGUAUUUGUUGGAGGAUUAUGAAGAAUAUGAUCAGUGCACAUUUCAUAUUCGACAUCAAUCACCAUUAAAGAAAAGUAAGCGAAAGUUAAAAGAAUUACUGGAAGUGCAAACAGAUAUAUCAAAGAAAUCAAUCGCUAUUCCUGAGAAACCACAACAUAUUGGCUACAUUACCAAUGGUAAUUUCUCGUUAACACUUGGUUAUGGUUUCGGUGUUGGUGCUUGUACUGUCAACGGCUUAAAAAAGAUGGAUGCUAUAGACGCAUUACAAAAACGCACAAUGAAAAAGAUGGUACUUGUUAGAAACCCAUCCUCUUUAGAAGUGAGAGCAGCACAAUUAGAAGUUCUGUGUUAAAAAAAAAGAAAAAUAUACAUAUUU